AUGCUCCAGUGUUUGGAGAGCAAUUUUGAAAAGCAGGAUAAACGAUGCUCGGGUUGUGUUCGCGUCAAUACCACCAAAUUUGGUCCCGGGGAUUAUUCUGAGUGCAUCGAGUGUGCAUCAAAUACAUUACAAAACGUGUGUUUGGAGCAAGCAUGUAAAAAGGGUGUACUAUUUACUGACAGGGAAAAAGCAUUCCCUGCCAAUGGCAAAAUUUUGAUUUCGCUCAAAGAUAGAGAUGCUGGUCUUAUACGGAGGGGUUUAUUGCCCUCGGAAAGGACUGAAUUCUUCAAAGCCGUUUUGAAGGUAAGUAAGGAAAUUGAAAAAGAUGGAGGAUUUGUGCAAGCAUGUGGGGCAAAAACGGUCCUUGAUGGCAAUGGAAACGACCUAGCUUUGCAACCAAAGGAACGCUGUAGAAAGAAGGAACCCAUAACUCACUAUGAAAUCGAGACACAGACGGUUACUGCAACUACAACUGAUGUUGAGACUGAAUACAAAACAGAGUUUGAUACGGAGACGGAAACAGAAACUGACCUUGUUUGGAAAACAAAGUACCGGACAGAGUACGAGACGGACCAUAUUAUACAUUUCAAGACUACUACGAAAUACAAAUAUGACACGAUCACAGUAACCGACACAGACUUCAAAGUCAGCACUAGGACAAGGUACAAACAUGACGUGGACACGGUCACGGAGACCGAAUUUGAUGAAUACACCAAGACUGUUCUUGUUGGCGAAGUAACAGAAACAGAGGUAGAGACGGAGACAGAAACUGAGUUUGACACAGUCUACAAAAAAGUGAAAAAGACUACAACUUCAACCGCUACAACGACAAAAUGGAAAUUGAAGUCAAACAUCGUUACCACUACAACCACAACGACAAGGAGAAGGUUUUUUCCUCAUUUUGUGUUCCGCACUACAACAAUAACUGUACCAGGGAUUGCGAAUUUCGGUAUCAUGAAAACUGACGAUAAUGGCGGUUCUCAUCUAGAUAAAAGAGAACUAAGUAACAUGACGAGAACAACAGAUUCUCCAUGCAGCAUACUGCCAAUAUCAGUGACAAAAGUGCCGCAGUCAACUAUAACACCGUAUAUGCAAUACCAGGGGCCGAAAGAAAAUACAAACGCAGCUGCAAAACUAAGCAAUGAUAAACCAAUGCUAUACAGUGUACUUUUUAUGGUGGUCUGGUCCAUCGUUGUUCUGUCAAGGUGGAGAAAUGGCCAGACAUUUGAGGAACUCCCCACGAACCAGCUUUUGGAGGACGACAUUGCGUUGACGGAAAUAGAAUGCGAAACAAUCUCCAAGUUUGUCCCCAGUGAAAGAAAGUCCUUUGCCAAGGAAAUUAUAGAAUUGGGGGUCGACUGA